GAAACUUACAAAAAGAUAAAAAUGAAUCAGCACUAGAUUAGUGUAGAUUAGUACGAUAAAAGCAGUUGCUAGUGGCACGCGUAUGAAAUGUUAUAACUGUGCUCCAGAAAUGUUUAUGUUUAUUUGGAAUAUUGCGAUGUUAUUGCCCUACGUGGCAUCAGAGAGCUGUUACCACAAACGUUGCCUGAGCUGCCGCCCUGAAGAAAUUUUCUCACCUGGCGCGCCUAUAGAAUGCCAUCCCAGUAAUUGGGUAUCACCAGAAUGGGUGUUCAGACAUGGUCAUCCACCACCAUCAACAAGUUCGAGGGUGCCCAUAGAGUACAGAUGCUUAAAAAUGGUGGCUACCCCAGAUGACAAAAGUCUCAGUAACACAGUGGACAUAAUUAAAGGCUGUGUCCCGAAGGUGCAAGUGGAUUCGGUUUGUCUCGGUUUAGAAGCAGUGGAGAGGUCUCGAGGGCACAGUGACGCGCGGUGUUACAUCUGUAACCGCGAUAACUGCAAUACAGCCUCCCGUGAACAGUUAUCACUUGCAGUUCCUCUCGGUUCUUUAAUAUUAUACUAUGUGUUAAGGUGAAGUAAGAAAUAUUGUAAAAGAACCCGCACUCCGAUAUGGGCCUAUAUUUUUUACGUACUUAUAAAUUGCCAAGUAACAUUCCUGGUCUGAGUUGUGGAUUUAGAAGCGCCAUUCUCUAAAAUUUUAAUUUAAUAAUAUAACGAAAUCAUAAUUUAUAAAAAAAAAACUAUAUGCUUUCUUAAAUUUUUAAUUUUAAAUCAUAGAUAGAUUUUUCAACCAACUUCCAAAAAAGAAGGUUUUUCAAUUCAGUUGUAUUUUUUAUCCUUGUUACUUCAUAACUCCGUUAAUUAUAAACCGAUAUGAUUUUUUUUUUUAUCUGAAAUAAUAUACUUUUAAAUUGCUUUCAUAGAAAAUUUAACCAAUUGAUUCCGAAGUUUAGUUUUUAAAUCAAAAUAACUGACUUUACCAGAAUGGAAGUAGAUUUUUUUUUGGGGAAAAUUAUCAAUUUAAUAAUUUUAAUUUUAGGAAUACAAUAAGGGAAUGACGCUUUUGAAUUCCAUUUUCAAUUCUAUUCUUUUAUUAUCAUCUUUUAUAAAUAAAUUUACUAAGUCGAUAACGUACUUUCAAAUUAUAUGACUUAAACAUAGGUUUACGUUUCUACCAUAUUAGCUUUUAUAUCAAAAAACUGUAUUGGAGACUUAAUUGCACCUCUAGAGUUUAGUUCCAUAAAUUCAAAUUUACAUACAAACUAAUAUACUACAAUGUAAACAUGAACGCAGUCGUAUCUAAAUCUUUGUAAAAUAUACACUCAGGUGAUUUUUUCUUAAAGUUAUUCCAAACCAGCUGUUUCCACUAUACUAAGUUUCAUUCAAAUCUAUUCAGCGUGAUUGAGUAACAAACAUAUAAACAUGUUUACAAACACUUACAUUUAUAACAAGUAGGAUUUCACUACGAGUGAUGAAUAAACUGCAUACUAGUUGGUCCACAAGGAAAGCGGGGCAUUACAAAAAUAUACCUACAUAUAAACUUACCUAUUUGUUAAUGACAUGAUCACCAUAAAUCGUCCAUAAAAUCAGACAAAACCCUGGCAUUAAUCAUGUGGUGCACUGAACAUUUUUAGCUAAUCUAAGUAUUAUCACCAAGUACCUAAUAGUGUUAUAAACAGGCAUGGGUAAUAUUGAUAAAGCCAAAAUAUCUAUUUAUUGGAUAUCUCGAUUUCGAUAUUGUCCAUACUAGUCAGUUAUUUAUUCCAAUCCAGUUCUUCAUUUCGAUAUUAUAUAUUAGAUAAUUGAUAUUUAGUAUAUCUAUUAUUGGACAAAUAUAUAAAUAUUAUAACCAAAAUAUACAGAUAUUGCUAUAUAUUACCGACACCUAGUUGUAAAUAAUAUUUUUUUGUGUUUGUACCUAUUUAUAGAUAUUGUUUGAUUACUUGCUGUCUACUGUUAUACAAGACACUCAGAGGCACAAUAAACUAGCGAAUACCAUUUUCUUUUAUUAAUUAUUUAGCGUACUUAAUUUUUUUUUUAAUAUUAAAAUUCAAUAAUAAUAUGCUAGAGCAAAUGACAAAAUAUUGACAUUAAUAAUUUUACAUAUAACUGCAAAAAAAAGUAGAUAGGUACCCUAAGUACUUAAAUCAUACUAAUGAAAGCAAUGACACCCAAUCUGGAGGUAAACCCUAUUCAUUGCAAAAAUAAUUAUCAUAUUCAUGGAAAAUACGCUUAAUUUAUUUACAAAUAAUAAUGUAUUUGAAUGGAAUGAAACAAUUCAUUGUUACCUAACAAGACGAAUAUGUCGAUUUCAGUUUUGCCUUUGGGUGUAUAAUUAUGUACAAUUAAUAUAACCAACGAUUAUGUAGCUCUUAUUCUUAUACUUCAUAAGCAUAUUAGUAAAAUUAUUAUACAAUAUUUUAUACAUGUUACUUAAUUUUUUAUAACAAUAAAAAUAUAAAAUAAAAUUCUGUAA